CGUUGAAAGGAGAGCGAGGAAGGGCUGGAGGACGGCACCUUCCCUCAGCAGAGGAAAGAGGAGGAAAAUCCAAAAGGAGCAAGAAGUGUUUGCCAUGAAGAUAGGUAAGAGCUGAACACUUUCCCGCUCGGCUUAUUGACUCAGUGGCUGUUGCUAACAAGACCCACAGGUGUGCUCAUUGUACGUUGAGACGUGCUCGUCGUACCUGAUUGCUCAGACCUGUGUGUCUCGGUCAGAGGGGCAAAGUGACAGAGGAUCCAUAUGCUGUGAAUUUGAAUGUCAGAGAGGGCAGGAAGGCUCUUCUCCUUCUCAUGGCAGGACAGACAUCCUCUUCAGACUGUUCUCAUCUCAUUGACCACAGCCACAUCCCUGAGUUUGAGGUGGCUCUUUGGAUCAAGAUCACUUUGGCAUUAGUGUAUAUCUGCAUCUUUGUUGCGGGCAUCUUGGGCAACAGCAUCACCAUCAAGGCCACCAGGAUCCUGCAGAAGAAAGGCUACCUGCAGAAGGAGGUCACGGACCACAUGGUGAGCCUGGCCUGCUCUGACCUGCUGGUCAUCUUGCUGGGCAUGCCCAUGGAGUUCUUCAGUGCUAUCUGGAGCCCCUUUUCCGCCCCCAGUGGCAACAUGGCUUGCAAGCUCUACUACUUCCUCUUUGAAGCCUGCAGUUAUGCCACUGUGCUGCAUGUGGCCACUCUCAGCUUUGAGAGGUAUGUGGCUAUCUGCCACCCCUUCAAGUUCAAGGCAAUCUCUGGACCCCGCACAGUGAAGCUGCUGAUUGCCUUUGUCUGGGUGACAUCUGUCAUAGUGGCCCUGCCCCUGCCCUUUGCCAUGGGCACAGAAUAUCCUCUGGAGGCCAUCCAAGGCUACCAAGGUAUGACUGCCUGCAUCAAGCCUACACCCAGGCACCACCUCCCUGAGUUGAAGCACAAUAUGACCAUCUGUACCAACCUCUCCUCCAAGUGGCCUGUCUUUCAGGCCAGCAUCUUCAGUGCCUUCACUGUGUACAUCGUAGUGCUGGGAUCUGUCACCUUCAUGUGCCACAGCAUGAUGAAAACCCUGAUGAUCCAGAAGGAAGGAACUGUGGCUGUGAAGGAUGGACUAAGACACCAGGAGCAAUACCUAAGAAAAACAGAGAGCUCAGAGGGCAAGAGCUCCAGGAGACAGAUAAUUUUAUUCCUGGGACUGAUAGUCGCAACUCUGGCAAUAUGCUGGAUGCCAAACCAGGUCCGAAGGAUCAUGGCUGCUGCUAAACCAAAGCAGGACUGGACCAUCCCCUACUUCAGAGCCUACAUCACUCUUCUUCCCAUCGCCGACAUCUUCUUCUACCUCAGCUCGGUGGUGAACCCCCUCCUGUACAACAUCUCUUCCCAGCAGUUCCGCAGUGUGUUCCUGCAGAUCCUCCGCUGCCACCUGACCAUAGAGCAUGCCAACAAGGAGAAGUUUCUCAGAGCCAACCUCAGCUCCAGAGCGAGGAGCAGCCGGUCUCUGCGCCCACUGCUCUUCAUGUCGUCCAGGCGCAAGUCUUCUACGAGGGACAACAACAAUGUUUUCUUAAGUACUUUUCAGAAUGAGACCAAGCCCAACUGCAGUCCACAGAAACCAGGUCUGGAACCAGGGAAGCCCAGCUUGGAAGCAGUGCUACUAGAGACUAGGUCAGAGCCCAGUCGUGAUGCACGAAACGGCCUUUGUGAACAUGAAGUAUGACUUCAUAAGGCAAAGUUACUGAUCAGCAAUGAACUGAAAACCAUGGAAGUUAGAAGGACUGAGGAACUGACUUACAUCUUAAAAGGAGUAACACAGAUGGAUUUGUUUCCAAUUAUGCAAACAGAGCUGGAGUUCUGUAUCCUGCUGCUGGGAUUUUGAAGUGCUCGCUGGAAAUUCAAUCUGCUAACUGAAUUCAUUAGCUGCCAAAAAUAUCAGCCCCCCUCUCCCCACAACCGCUGAACUUCCCUUACUGUUGACAGGGAUUUGGAAACAAACAGAAAACAGUUGCAGUGUCUUUGAAGAAAGGAGGAGACAGAACAAACUGUGCCAGGGCAAAAACUUGCUUCAAGUUUAGCAAUACAAACCCAAAAGAGCCAAUUUAAGGAGAAGAAUGGUGGUUAUCACAUGUGCCCUCAGCACCACACCAGAAUUACCCCUCUUUUUUGGCCGGGGUCCAUUGCAGAGUGGCGUGUUGCAGCAGCUGAUACAAACAGAGUUCACCUUCCCUGGAGAACAGAAGGACUGGUACCCAGCAGAGGCGAUCAGACAGGCUGCUGAAGAUGCGCAGGAUUUGCGGUACAUGAUUCCUGUGACACAGAACAGAGGUUACUGAGCUUGAUACCAACACUGGUUCUGCUUCACAACACGACUCAUGCUUGAAAACUCUUGCAAAACCAGUUUGCAUCUCCCAAGCCAUGCUGGUGAUUAAGCCAGACACCUCUGCUGUGACACAGCCAACAGCUCUGCACUGCAAGAGAAUCACAGGCACUCUGGUUGGGAUUUUUAUUUUAUUUGAUUCUCGUUGGAACCGAAAAUAUUAUCAAUUUGAUUUACAUAAUGUCUAUCAAAUGAUGCAUUUUAUAACCAGAAUUCUUCAUCUUUUGGAAUAAGCUGUUUAAAUAGCUAUAUCUGAAAUGCAAUUAGUUUGAAAAUUACUUUUGUUUCCAUUGCUGAAUGUGUCUGAGAUGUUUAAGGUGUCUAAGUAAUUACAGUUUCCUGUGCUGUUAAUUGGCCUUUUGAGCAUUUUUUUUUUCCUUUCCUUGUUCAUUUACCACACAGAGACAAAUAACCAAGAGUAAAAGCAGAAUGACUGUCAGCAAACCUUUCAUCUUCCCCUCCCUCUUUCAAAGAAAAACCAGAAGUACUUUUCUAGGUAAUCUCAGUUCCUGCUUUCUUUGAAGCCUAAUACCCUCAAGCAGAAAUUUCCAUUUGUAAAGAAAUUGCCUGAGUUUAAAGUAUUCCUUUUUAAAAAUAUAAUUUAAUUAAUUUUAAUUAAUAAUCUAAUUAAGUUUUUAAUUUCCUGCAUUGUUUCUACCUGGAAAAAAGUACAUUCUGAUGCACAUGGCUGUUGUUUUAAAAUGGUUUAUAAAGGCUUUAAAAUACAUAGUUGCAGUUUCCCCUCUCACAGAAGAUGGUUGUGACCUCUCAGUUCUACCUCUCACUACUCUAAAAUCUUCCUGCAAGUGAUAAAAUAGAAAUUGUUUUUUGGAAGAACACCGACAUAACACAUACACAAAUAAUGGACAUUUGCUUGUAUUGCCUUGCAGUUACAAACAGAGGUAAAUAUUUCUAAGGAUAAUAAAAUCACUAUUCAUUUUGAA